UUCGGUCAGUGAUUGUUGCUUUUACGAGCAACAUAUUAUUUUGAAACGAUUAUUUAACAAUGUGCGAUAAAUUAAACGGAGCACGCGUUAAUCGUUCAAGGAGAUUAAAUCAUUGUUAACGAUAAUAUGGAUAGAUUAAAAAUUUAAUUAACGAGUUUUAGGUUAACUAUUAAGAAUCAUAACAUGACGUUUAACAACGAUUUUUCAUCUAAGUCUUUUUUAUAUUACUAAAAAUAUUGAAAUCAUUUCUAUUUUCUAUAAGUAACAAGUUAUGAAAAAUGAGUCUACUUGAAGAAGAAUGUGUUGAAAGGGUUUUUAUAUACAAAUUCCCAACAUGUACAACAAACGAGGAAUAUGUAUUAGAAAUACCUUUAAAAAUUCCAUAUCAAGGUUCCAUAAAAGAAUUGACAUAUAGGAUUAUGUCAUCAUUUAAAUUACCAUACUAUGUGGAGUCUGAUUUAAUGGAGACUAUACAACGUACUAUUAAAGAGUUAACUCUGCAAUUUUAUGAUGAGAAGUCAGAGAAAGUUAUAGAUGCUACGAAGAAAGGUGAUCUGAAUAUAGAGGAUAUAAUUAAAAACUGGGAAAAGACGUAUAAACAAAAAACUGUAGAGUAUGCAGAUCCAAUAGGAACAACGGAUGAAGAAUUAUUUGCAGCAGCAUACCAUAGAUUAGUACACUCACCGUCUUUAGAACCAAUUCUACAAGCAGAACAUAAAUAUGGUAGAGAUGUCACAGAAGUCAUUCAAAUGAGGAACACUGAUUAUGAACAGCUUACUCAAAAGCAAACCGAAGAAAUGCGUGUUGCCGUUGAAGCUUUAGAAGCUGGAUCAACUGAAAAAUCUAUAAACGAUAUGGCAGGUCGUCAUUUUGAAGAGCAAAGCUUAUUACAGGGCCAUUGGGGUUCGAGAGUCGAUGCUUUAAAAUUAGAACAAAGACGACAAUAUCGUAAUUGGAUUAUGAGAUUAUUGGAAGAACAGCAAACGAAUAUGUUACCGACUCCUGUGGGCUCUCCGAUGGUACCAAUGCCACCGAUAAGACCAGCAUUAGGUACGUUUGUUCCAAACGAAGAAAAACAAACGUCCGAUUAUCCUAUUCUCGAAGAAAGUUUCACUAUACAUUUAGGCUCGCAAAUGAAACAAAUGCAUAAUAUCCGAAUACUCACAGGCGAUGUUCUCGAUUUUUGUCGAACAAAAAAGAGCGAUACUGGGGAUCCAACGCCACAGAGAUUGCAAACGGCUUUAGGAUUAUAUUCGAACGAUUUAUGUGGAUUGGUUUUGCUAAGCGACAAUCAUCUGGGAAGUUAUUCCGGAAUAACGAAAGAAUUGUGUUCGAUAUGUCAGUUGACAACAGAAUUUCAUUUUCCACCGAUCGACGAACAGUUGGAAAAAAUUCGUGAGGACGUAAAAGAAGCUGUCGCUUGGCGACAAGCUCAUCAUCGUGAAGGAAGCGAUCCUCAGACAAAAAAGCCAACGAGUAAGACGUUACAAACUGGUGACGUCUUCAUCACGAGACAUUCCAAUUUAGCACAGGUCCAUGUAGUAUUUCACAUGGUGGUAAAUGAUUCUCUAAGAUCUGGUGAUAUUAAUUCAAGGCAUCCGGCCAUUUUGGGAUUGAGGAAUAUUUUAAAAACAGCUUGUUGCAACGACGUUACGACCUUGACUAUUCCAGUCCUUCUAGUUCAUGAAAUGACAGAGGAAAUGACAGUGGCAUGGUGUACCAAAAGGGCUGAACUAGUCUUCAAAUGCGUCAAAGGUUUUAUGAUAGAAAUGGCAUCAUGGGGUGGAGCAGAAUUGAAAAAUUUACAAUUUCUCGUACCAAAAGGAAUGUCGGAAGAAGUUUUUGGAACAUUAGCGACGAUGUUACCUAGCAUAUUUCGCGUAUCGAAUCCAUUGGUAUUCAAAGCUACGAGUACACCGCAAACUCCAAAAAAAUGAUCGCCUAUCUUGCCUUUGUUAUUGAACACAAAUCCAAAAUACUACGAUAUUUGUUACUAUGUGUUGCAUAUAUCUAAAGCGUAAUAAUUCAUUUCGAAUGGUUAAUGAUGAUACAAACACUGUGAAUAAACGUCUGACUCUUAA